AUGAUAGCACCCAACUUGGGUGAUUUCGUUGUACUGUCUAUCGACCCGGUCGCUUCUGUCAGUCACCUAGACCACGUCGCGAAGGAAGCCGCUGCCUUACUGCCCGUUCGGAGAUACUUAGCGUUGGCGAAGGAGCUCCACCUCUUGCCAAUGGAGUCGAACCCGCUGCACCCAUACGACUUUCACUUUGUAAGGCAGGGCUUGCCCAAAGGCAGGCUCCCUGGCUACGACUCUCCCGAUUCAUGCGUCGCAAUCCUCCCUAACACUCAUCAAGUCGCAUCACGCGAGCCUGUCUGUCCGGCUCAACCCUUACCAUGGGAAGACUGUUAUAUAGAUGCGACAUAUGGAUUCCCUUUCGCAUGCCGCGUCACGUCUACCAAGAGGGACUACUAUGGAGUUCUACCUAUGCUCGACGAGGAGUUCAUUCGAGUCGCAAACCAUUGUUUCGAGUCCAAUUGGGAGCUCAUGAAAGCUUUACGAGACGAACACGGUGCCGACUGGCGUCAACCUCAACCCUUGGACCUCGUUGACGCCACCCCUCUGCUACAGUCUCCCAACGACGGUUCUCUAUCGCAGCAGUUCAUAGCGGGUUCGUCGCAUAUGCGCGAUGACCUGCCCGAUGAUUCUGCGCUCUCCCUCUAUGGUGAAUCGGAUGACAUCUCCAUGAUCGGAAGCGACGAUGGCGACGCGCCUAGGUCCGAGUCUGAGAGUCAGCGCAAGAAGCGGAUUCGAGAACUUGAAUACGAGCUCCGCGUUCUUUCAGAGCACGGGCCCAGACUUCCCACUGCAGAGCAACUACGCAAACCAAUCGUGAACGUCUGGUACGACCUCGAUAUGAUCACGGAGAUUGUCGACCCCGUCCACUUUUUGGAGGAUGUGAAACGCAUACACAUGAUCAUGGAUGAUGCGGAGAUUCGUCUGGGACAUCGUUCAGUUUCAGCCAGGUUGCAUGAACAGCCGCCUCGUAUCAGUAUGUCGGAGGAUGCGGCGCGCUCGCACUCUUCGGCGACUUCAUCGCUAUACUCUACCACCGAUUCCGGAGACUCCGAUGAAGAGCCGGCGACAACAGACGCAGGGGACAAGAAGCCCGUCGUGUCGACGAAUUCCGCCUGUAGAAUGAUGAGAUUACGCGCGUUGUUUCGCUCUGCGUUAUUGAGCUGCAGUCGCCCCAUCUUUGCCCUAGCGCACAAGCUGGUCCCUGUGCAUCAGAGCUCACCUAUAGCUGUGUCACGACUUCAAGAGAAGCCAGUCUGA